UAUAAAUCAAAAAGAAAGUUGAAAAAUAAAUAUAACAGGCAAUGUUCUUCCGCUGAAACUAAAACAACCAAUAGAUCAUUUUCGGCAAUGGACGCGGUAAGUAGAUCAAAUCUUGCAGCCGUUUUAAGAAUACAAACUGCAAGACGAAAAAUGGAACUGGAAAUGUGUAAAAAACUGGAAGAGGUUAAACUUCGCGAUGAAGCGCGAUGGAAAGAAAAAGUGAUGAGGAAAAAACCGGUUUGGCAAGAGCUCCAAUACAGUCAUGAAGAAGAUUUAGCGAUGCGUCUCCAAUUAAGGAGAGACGAAGAAAAACUUAGAAACGAAGAACACAAACAUAGGAUGCAAAUAAUGCUUGGACGGGUUAAGCAGCAACCUACUUUAUUCGAAAGACAAUCAAAGCUUAGGAACUCGAAAACUAGAGAAGAAUUGCUGGCAAAUUUGUAUAAAGAUUUGAGAAAUUAUUCUUCAAAUUCCAGUGAUGUUUCUGAUAGAAAGUGUAUUAAAACUAAGGAUGAAGCUAUUCAAGCUCAUUUUGAAGAUUUUUUCGAUAAGGAGGGGGAAGGUGCAAUUUUAAAAAAGAGUAGUUCUAGAAAAAAAAUUGAUGAAUGUUUAUGUCAAUGUGAAAAUUAA